AUGACCUCCGGAGAGCCUGGUAUUGUCGACAAGGAAGGGACGCCAGACGUGUUCAAGAUGGCCGUUGCAGAGCUCAGAAAGCGUGGGAGCUUAAGCACGGCGAUCAAGGAGGCUAGCAGUAUGGAUUGGAGAGCAGAGCGGCCCCGACUGGAUGAGUACCUUGAAAAACUGGACAUGCAGCCCGCAUACCUCCCUCGAGUUGGAGAGCUUGCUCUCUGGACUACUGGGUUUGAGGGCGAACUGGCGUGGAACCCGACAACGAAGAGCAUCCAGAUCUACUCUCCUACCGAUGGUCAGUACCACGGAACGCCCGAGUGGCGGGCUGGCGUCGUCGGCCAGGUCCCCGAGGAAGAGGUCAUGCUUCAAGACCUGGUAGAGACAGCUCCUAAAUCCUCAGGCAUCAAUUACUCUGGGUUUCGCGUGGAGACCUUCCCUGACCCGCUCAGCAUGGACAAGAGCUAUUCCCUCCACUACCGAUACGUCCCUCUCAAAUGCAUCAAGCCGUUCAACGCCUACGAGAUCUUCUUACAAGGCAUCCCCCGAACCCAGCUCCACCCGUCGAUCGAAUACGCCAUGACCAUCAUGUCCUCCUUCAGCCUCCUCGACAAGUACCACUUCCAAGGAACCUGGCCUGACGCCUCCAUCUCCUGCCGCGGGAUCUUCAUCGGCGCAGAGCUCCUAGCCAUCGGCGACGCCGUGCGCCUGCACACCCCAUCGGUAGAUAUAAUGGUCAUCGACACCAUCAACCUCCACCUAACCAACUGCAUCGAAGACCCCACCUCCCCCCAACUCGCAGAGGAAUACAAAGUGCGCAUCUCCGGCAAAGUCUACGCCAAACACGCCUCCAAAUCCCGCCACGACAUCCACCCCCAGCCUCUAAACCCAGACCAAGUCGCCGACGUCUUCCAAACCCUCGGCAUGACGGACCACGGCAGCUGGUACCGCGUACACGAAGGCAAAACCAUAACCGUCUCCCAGGACAUGAUCAUCGGGCGAUGCUACGAGCCCGACGCACUGCAGCUCCUCUUCGGCACGCUGGACUGCACGCUCGACGUCGCAGGCGUGCUUAAGGCGCGCGCCUACUCCCGCCAGGUAGAUCACCGCAUUGCGGAGGGUAAGACGUGGUUCUGGGGCGACUUCCGCACGCAGACGCUCGCAAUAGACUCGCUGAACGGCGAGGACGUGGGCCAUUACAGCGAGACACGCGACGUUAAGAUGUGGCGGGCUAAUCUGAAGAUCAUCGACGGCGAUGCGAACCCGGUCGAUAUGCGCAUGGCGAAGAUCCCGGGUGAUCCUGGACGGCCGUCGAAGCCGAAGUCGAGCUUUGCGGAGGUGGGGAAGUUGAGUAAGUUGGUUAGUACGGGGUUGGGGGGCACGGACGUGAGUAAUACUGUCAGUGAGGCGGAGGAGGGGUCUGGGCAGGGGAUGUAUGGGGAGGAUGAGGGGGAGGGCGAGGGGGAGGAGGGGGAAGAGGAGAUGAACGAAGAGGACCAGGAGGAGUUUGUGGCGCGUUUGGAUCAGCUUCGGGGUGGGACUGAGGAGAGUGAAGGGGGGGAUUGGGUGCCGGAGUCGAAGCGGCCGAAACAUGUUUGA